AUGAAUGGAAAAGUGCCUGUCCGGGGACUCAUAGGAACCAACUUCCGAAUGAGAAGCCCCGGAAACGCGGAGUGCAGAGUGUAUGUGGGGAACAUGGACCCUCGCCUCAACGAAGGAGCGAUUGUGAAGCUCUUUCAGCAGUUCGGGAAGCUGAAGCGAUGUGACUAUCUCUGGUUCACCUCUGGGCCUAGGAGGGGGCAACCGCGAGGCAUAUGCUUCCUGGAAUUUGAGUCGGCCGAGGGUGCUGAGAAGGCCAUCGCAAGGAUGAAUGGCAAGGAGCUGCAUGGAAGAAAAAUCAUCGUGGAACGAGCUCAGGAUCACUCACAGAAUAAGAAUGAGGGGGGGGUUGCAAAGGGUGCCCUGUUGGGUAGAUCAGGUGCGAAGACGGAGAAGAGGAGUGAAGUGUCUCCGAACGCGAUGAUUGCUGCGCUGAAGAACAAACUCAACCAAAUGGAGAGGGAGAAUGACUAG